AAUUCAACUACUAAUUAAAUGCUCUGACAAAACUUCUUGAACCAACUACGAAGCCAGCGGCAAAGGAGCAAAGCAGAAAAGCAGAACAUAAAAAGAGUGGCAUCUGCAUUGCACACUGUAAUAAUAACGAACCAUGGCUGCUUCUUCCCCAAUUACUGUGCUUGUUACUGGAGCUGGCGGUCGCACAGGCCAAAUUGUGUAUAGGAAAUUAAAAGAAAAGCCAAACCAAUUUGUUUCCAGAGGUUUGGUUAGAACUGAAGAAAGCAAACAGAAAAUUGGUGGUGCUGAUGAUGUUUUUGUAGGGGAUAUAAGAGAUGCUGCAAGUAUUGUUCCUGCAAUUCAAGGUAUAGAUUCUCUGAUAAUCCUCACAAGCGCCGUGCCGCUCAUGAAGCCCGGGUUUGAUCCAACCAAAGGUCAAAGGCCUGAGUUCUAUUUCGAUGACGGCGCAUAUCCUGAACAGGUUGAUUGGAUUGGGCAGAAAAAUCAAAUAGAUGCUGCUAAGGAGGCAGGAGUGAAGCAUAUUGUGUUGGUGGGGUCUAUGGGCGGCACGAACCCUAACCAUCCUUUGAACAGCUUGGGCAAUGGGAAUAUAUUGGUAUGGAAAAGAAAGGCCGAGCAAUAUUUGGCUGAUUCCGGUGUUCCAUACACAAUCAUAAGGGCUGGUGGCUUGCUCGAUAAGGAUGGAGGUCUUCGGGAGCUCAUUGUUGGGAAAGAUGACGAGCUCCUCCAGACUGAAACCAAAACCAUACCUAGAGCUGAUGUUGCAGAAGUUUGUAUUCAGGCACUAAAUUAUGAGGAGGCUAAGUUCAAGGCGUUUGACUUGGCAUCAAAGCCUGAGGGAGUAGCUGCACCAACCAAGGACUUCAAGGCUUUGUUUUCUCGGAUCACUACUCGUUUUUAAACUUUGAAUGAUGUGAUGAUAAAUGCAUUUAACUUUUACCUUGCUUACAUGUUAGGAGGAUAAUUAGUAGGGUAAUUGAGUGGGUAUAUCUUUGCUCGUACUUAUUAUACCUAAAGUCAUUAGGGUUAUGCUCUCUGAAGCAAAUUACUAUAUGAUCUUCAAAGGUGAGUAAUUCAUAGGCUCUAUCAAUUCCAUCGAGAAUAAUUUGUGUGUUUUUAA